AUGUAUGCUGAUUAUGGCAAAAAAAAGGAAAUCUUUAAUGAAGGGUUCACUCGUGCUCAUAUUAUCUCAGGCUUCGAAAAAUCAGGGAUUUUUCCACCUACAGACCAACCUGCAGUCUCAUAUCUUCUCCAGAAGCAGCUGAAAUCGAAGCAAGCGGUUGAUCCUGCAUACGCCUCUCUUCUGCCUCCAGAAGGAAGAUUUUCCGCCGCUUCUGAUACCGCCAAACACGUUGGAGAGAGAUAUCACGAUAUCCUCAGUUCUCCCACUCGCGCUGGUCUCAAGAAUAUCCGCAACAUCGUCAACGAAGCUAUGCUGCUAGAGGAUACGAUUAAGAGAUAUGCUGACGAUCGGCGAAGUCGUAUUGAGAAGCAAUACAAUAAGAGAAAGUGA